AUGAAGACCGCAGCCGUUGCUCUCGGGGUCUUCGCCGCUCGAGCGGCCGCAAUCAUUGGCGACCUCAAUGCGGAGCUCAGCAUCUGUAUCGGCCUUCCGGCCUGCGACCGACCGUCGUCUGCCACUGCCAGCGUGUCUCCGAGCUCUCCCACGAUUCCCACCACUGCCAGUGUCCCCUCAGGCUAUCCCACCUGGGAUCCGGAGCCCCCGAAGUGGACAACGAGCACCAUCUGGUCCACGAGCGUCUCCACCAUCAUCAGCUGCCGUCCGACCGUGACCAAAUGCCCGGCUCACAGCACCGUCUUCACCACGGUCACCAUCGCGGUCAGCACAACAGUAUGCCCCGUAACCGAGACCCCGUCCUCCACCCAAGCUCCUCUUCCUCCUCCUCCUCCUCCUCCUCCUCCUCCUCCUCCUCCCCCUCCUCCCUCUUCUGCAACUCCCACCUCCACUGCAGUGGCCCCGUCUUCGACUCUCCCGACUACGUCCGCCGCGUCUACCACGUCGGCAAGCUCUGCUUCCCCUCCUGAAAACUCCACCUCGACCUGGGUGGCGCCGGUUGUCAGCUCUUCCUCUUCCGCCGCCGUUGUUGCUCCGCCGCGGCCUCCGCCGCCCCUCGUCACCAGCUACCCGACGCUCACCACCAAGUCCGUGGGCACCAUCAUUCCGCCGUCCAAGACGACGUCUUCCGGGCAGACCAUUGUGACGGCGGGCACUGGCCACAAUGUCCAGCGUGCUGGUGGCGCGCUUGCCGCUAUUGCCGUUGCCGCCGCCUUUAUGUGA